AUGGCGGAAUCCCUGUACGACGUCAUUGGCUCUGGUGGCGGAGCCCAGCGGGUGGAAUUGGCGCUGCAGGCUGAUCCUAGCGCAUGCUCAAGCUUCGACCCGCGCACCGGCGAGAGCCCUCUGCACUUGGCAGCUCGACUGGGCCAGGUCGGCACGGUGCGGCGCUUGCUGCGCUGCGCUGCGCCUCUGAAUGCGCCUGCGUACAACGGCUCCCGCGCGACACCUCUCCACUUGGCGGCCGCCCACGGUCACACGCAAGUGGCUGAGGUUCUCCUCCAGACACGUGCGAACCCAACUGCCGUAGACUCGAAAGGCAUGGUCCCGGCUCGAUAUGCGGAGGCCAACGGGCAUCACUCCCUCGCUGAGCGUUUGGACGAAGAGCGUCGAAACGCUGGUGACUUCGAGCUGGCGGAUCUUGGCCGUCUUGCAGCCAAAGGCUUCAACGAAGCCACAGACAGCCUUGCGUCAGCCUUUGCUGGCUUCGGGCUGACGAACGUUUUUGGCGACUCGCAGGAAGCGAAGCCGCGGCCUGCAGCGCCGGAGGCGCCCUUCCCCAAGCCGCCCGCGCCUGCUGCGCCCAAUGGGUCCGUGCCUGGCUCGAGGCCGGCUCCUGCAAGCCCUGUUUCUGCGAAGCCACCAAGCCAAAGGAAGCUGGAGGCCAUCGUCUCGCGAGUGGAGGCAGUGGAGAGUGUUGUAGAUGCUGGGCAUUUGCGUGACGCGCGAGGCUGGCAAGAUGAGCUUACGAAGGCCGCCUGUGAACUGGAUGGCAUGGAUCUGGCUCCGCAGAGCCACGAGAGGGGCGUGCGCCGUGAGCUUCUGCAUCGGAUCGAGGUGGCGGGCACGACCAUCGACGAGCGGAUGGAUGCAUCGGCGCGGAGGCUUUUGAUCGCCACGGAAGCGGUCGAUGAAGCGGAGGCCUCCUGGCGACUGGGCGACGGUGGGCCAUCGGAGCUAAAGGCCCUGGACCAGCGCCUGUCGGCUGCAACCGACGAUCUCGACGCCGUGCAGUGUGCAACGGAGGCGCAGCGUACCCAGCGCCGAAAUCUUCUAAAGCGGAUCGAGAUCCUUGAGUCCGAGAUACGACCGAAGUGA